AUGCCAAAACCCGAUAAAAGAGAUUUUGAAGAGAGAUAUUCCGCUUGUUUUCUAGACUUUGGUGUUAAAACAGGCCUACUUAUCGGAAGCAUGAUGGGUAGCUUCUUUCUCCACGGCUAUAAGAAGUGGCCCAUGUUCAUUGGAGGUGGCCUCGGUAUUGGAAUGGCAUAUCAGAACUGUGAGAAUAGCUUGAACACCUUUCUUCUUUCCAUGGAUCCUAAAGCGUGUGUCAUCAAGUUAGUAUGA